CAUGACAUCCACAUCGACAUCAGCGGACGCCUUCGCCGGCCAAGGCGACAACAUUCUCCGGCCUCGACCACGGAAACCCUUGCAUACUCAAGUCUCCCAACUCUCCCACGACGCAAACGGCGACAGCGACCAUGCAAACGGUACCGGAGCUACCAGUGUCACCGGUGUAAGCAGCGGCCGCUCGACCCCGAUUCCGUCCGAUGCUCCCCCGUCCAUCCAAUCCCUCUCGACUGCCCGCAAGCAAGUCCGCGCCGAGCAACGCCGCCGCAUCUUCCCCACGAUAGAGUUCGCAAGCCGAGUAUCCCACUUCGAUCCCAACAGCGACUACCGCGACUUCCAUGGCUUCUUCAAUCUCUUUUGGAUCGGCUUGGCCAUCAUGGCCAUCACCACCUGCCUACGCAACAUCAAAGACACGGGCUAUCCGCUGCGCGUCCAGAUCUGGGGGCUCUUCACCGUCAAGCUCUGGCAUCUUGCCAUUGCUGACUUCCUCAUGGUAGCCACCACCGCCGUAUCCCUCCCACUACACAAGGUCUUCCGCGCUGCCCCCGCGGGCGGCGUGCUGACCUGGGCCAAGGGCGGCAUGGCCAUCCAGAGCAUCUACCAGGCCAUCUGGCUAGCCGUUUGGAUCGUGAUUCCCUUUUGGCUGGAGUGGACGUGGACUGCCCAGGUGUUUCUGCUGCUACACACCAUGGUGCUGCUCAUGAAAAUGCACUCGUACUCGUUCUACAUGGGCCACCUGUCCGAGACCGAGAAGCGUCUGCGAGCGCUCGACGACCCGGCCACCGCCUCCAAGGCCCCGGCCUACCUCUACCCGACCCCCGAAAACCCCUUGGGCACCGUCGCCAGCCCCAAGCAGCGCGCGGUCGAAGCUGCCGCCGAAGCCAGCAGCAAGGAAACCAAGGAGAUCAGCACCCCCAAUGAGGACGAAGAGAUCACUCAGCUUCGCGAGGACCUCGCCCGCGAACUCACCUCGCCCAUGGGCAACAUCACGUACCCGGCCAACCUGACCUGGGCCAACUACCUCGACUACCUCUGCUGCCCGACGCUAUGCUAUGAAAUCGAGUACCCGCGCACCGCCGCCAUCGACUGGCAGAACCUGCUGUCCAAGGUCCUGGCCGUCUUCGGGUGCAUCUUUUUGUUGACCGUCAUAUCGGAGGAAUUCAUCCUGCCCGCGCUGACCGACGCCUCUAUCCGUCUCGAUCCUACGCUGCGCGCCGCCGCCGGCGAUUCCGGUCCUUUGACGGCGCUCGAAGGCCUCCUCGUUCUGGCGGAGACCAUCUCCUGGCUGCUGUUCCCCUUCAUGCUCACCUUCUUGCUCGUCUUCCUCGUCAUCUUCGAGUAUGUCCUCGGCGCCUUCGCCGAGAUCACGCACUUUGCCGAUCGCCACUUCUACUCGGACUGGUGGAACAGCACGGACUGGAUGGAAUUUUCUCGCGAAUGGAACGUGCCCGUAUACAAUUUCCUGAGGAGACACGUAUACAGCGCCAGCAGGCCGCAUGUCGGCAAGGCCAACGCGACCGUCAUUACCUUUUUGAUAUCGGCCGUAGGCCACGAGAUCGUUAUGGCUUGUAUCACUAAGAAGUUGAGAGGCUAUGGUUUCAUUUGCCAGAUGCUCCAGCUGCCCAUUGUGAUGCUGCAAAAGACCGAGUUGGUCAGGGGCAAGAAGACGUUGAAUAAUGUUUGCUUUUGGUGUAGUAUGAUCUUGGGUUUGAGUUUGAUUUGCUCGCUUUACGUCUUGGUAUAAACAAAUUCGACCUGCAUUGCAUUUCUCUCGGUCAAUUUUCCGGACACAAUUACAGCACAUAUUGUACCAUACUAUACCACACUAUACCAUAUAUCAUAUUAUAUACAAGAGGCGUCGGCGUCUGAUAAGCAAGAACGGAGGAGCAGGAGAUGGACGGGAACUCGGCCUGGUAUUCAAUUAAUUGUAAGCGAACUGGUUCGGUGGUCAGUCGACGUAAAGAUGUGUUCUAUCUUUUGUCUUUGCCUGGUUUGUUGCAUUACAAGGAGGAGCAAAAUGUUCUGUCUUCAUAGAGUACAGUACAGAUACCCGUUAUACAUACAUACAUACAUCUAGUGUAUAUAUGUAGUGUUUCACA